AGGCGACCUAAUUACCCCUUUUUUUGUGUUGACUCAAGCUACUUCUUACCACACCAGAACUAGGCACGGAGUAAGUAAGUAGUUUUGUCGUCUUCUGUCAACAUCUCCUUGAUGAUUACAACGACGACCGUAGAAGUCGGGCCUAGAGUAGUCGUACUAGCGACAAGGACAACAGGUCAUAAUUCUUUAUCCAUUUCCAAGAAAUUAUAGACGAUUAAAGAAGAAAGAUGGAGGAAGGGUUCGACUUUUUGACUUCCUGGGCCGAGGAAGUCCACGACCAGCAAUGCAAUGACCCGUCCACGCUGAAAAAGCCCUGGGACAGCAAUCUCGUCCGCGUUUCCCACGAGUUUCACCGGUUUCCGCCAGAUGUGUCCAUCGGCGGCAUCUACAACAACGGAUUCGCGACCAGUUCGCAGACGCACGGACAGCUGGCGAGCACGAUUGCGAAAAACCACCGGUAUGGGAUUUUCGGGCACACGAGGACGGCCUGGAUGACGGACGACCACAUCCUGUACUUGUGGAACUACGCCCGCAUGACAUCAAGUUCAUCCUCCAGCUCCUCGUCUUCCAGUGCCAUAGUCCCCAUGCUCCUGAACAACCACGCCCCGCCGGCGACGUCGUCAAAUGGCGCUGCCUUGCCGAAUGGAACAACCUCCCGACCGGGGGCUUUAUUCGCGCCCAACGGCAGCGGCGCCCGUGGUGUCGUUGGGGGGCAGCCGCAAGAAAUGUAUGCGACGUCGGACCCGGUGCUGGGGACGGUGAACAUCGUGCCGGCGGAUUCCAUCAUUUUGUCCGUCGCGAUGGUGCAGCCGAGAGAAAACGCCUUUGGGAACAGAAUACACUUUCUGAUCGUGGUGGUCACGCAGCAGAACGUGCAUCUGUUGGGCGUUGUGAUCAGGGACAGCAGGCUGCACACGGUCAACCUCCCGGGCUACAGCUGGUACUUGUGAAGGAGUUUGUUGUAUUUCUUCUGCUGCAGUAGAACUACCACUACAUAGAACUGCUAGGAGGUUCUUGAUAUUGCUAUCAAUUUUUCGUGCUUGUAUAAAAUCCACCUCUUGCAGCUCGUCAAGAACGUCAGUCUUUUCGUUUUCCGCACAGCUGCUCGCUUGCCUGCGAUUGAUGCUCCGCUCGGAACGUGAUCUGCAACAUGCAUGCGAAAACUUUAUUAUUUCAUGCUUCUGACUCUGAGUUCUGACUGUAGGAAAACGAAAAUCAAAAUGAUAAUGAAAAUCUAAAUCUAAAACCAAAUCUCGCAUGACAGUUCUACCAACGGGCACCCCUUUUCGGCGGUCCACAGUACCGAGGACGGGCGGAUUUUGCUGUCCAGUCUGCGCUACAUUUACGAGCUAUCAAAUGCAAAAAUGUCUGGGUCUGGAAACUUGUAAUGCUAAAAAUGAAUGAUAGACGCACCGAAAUACGCAGCUAUGCAUGACAAAUUUCUUGGCUGCCAUGUCUUACGGAUUGCGCAUAGAAAACUGCGUUUUUGCAUGACAGGUAAGAGGGCUUUUUCGUGCCUAUGCAACACAGAUUCCCGAGUCAUGCCAGACAGGCACGACAAACUUGCAUUCUUCCAGACCCAGACAUUUUUACAUUUGAUACGAGCUGGAGUACGACAACGUAUCAAAAAGAAAAAUCCCGCCUCCCCAUAUCGAAAAGGAGAUUUGUGAUGCUGAUUUGUGACCACAAGUCGACUUGUAUUGCUAGAAGGCCAAAAGACGCAGCUGUUCCUUCGUUUGCAUGCAAUUUGUCAUGCUGUUUCCCGUUUCCAGUUGCUUCCUGUCAUGCUGAAGACGCAAAGCUUUCCCACGCCAGCCAGCACUAAAAUUUGCAUCUCUUCCCGUCUAGCAUGACAACGCGAUUUGUGAUCACAAAUCAUGCUAGACAAAUCUUUCUUUGAGUAUGGGGUGGAGGGAUUUUUCCUUUCGAUACAAUGACGCCAACGUUUCAAUGCAGAACUACUCUGCCACGGCCUCCUCCCUGCUGUCGUCUGCCGCGAGCUCCUAUGAAAUGCAAAAAUGUCUGGGUCUGGAAGAAUGCAACUUGUGAUGCUGUAUUUGGAUUCCAAAAAAAUCGGUAUUGCGUGUUGAGUGGCAAACGGAAUGCAAUUUUUGCUACGCUGAGAAGGCAUUUGUCAUGCGGAAUAGGCAUCAAGAAGCCCUCAAAAAAUCUGUACUGCUAGGGUAUGCAUCACAGACAUCAUGGCUCAUGCAAAACGUGCAUGACAAGUGUCAGAAUCUUCCAGAACCAGACAUUUUUACAGUUGAUAGCUCCUUGCUCGGUUCGGCGUUCGGGGGCUCAAGUUCGUUUUGCCGGCUAAACUGCAUCACCGGUGGCGUUUUCAGCAACUUUCUGUUCAACCGGUCGAGCAAAGCGACGAUAAAACAGUUUGCGGUCGCGCAAGCAAACUUCUUCGUCACAGUAGACGAGGACCAAGUGCUGACCGUCUACGGCUGCGGGAACGAGCAGGACGACAGUAGUGCGACACCCAGCAUGCCAGCAAAUGGCGACAGGCCGAUCUCCGCAGCGCAGUCACUGGCCGGCCAACAAACCACAAGCAGGACGAACCCGUGGUCUCGGAAGGAGCAGUGGACCUUGCUGGAUCUGGAAAACCAGCUGCAACGGAAGAUGCAGUUCCACGCGCUUCAAUCGCGGGAGUUUAUCCAGUUGCAUGUGUCCAACAGCAGUUCGAGUAACGGAGUUCUACACAUUUUCCUGCUCACCAGCGCCUACGAAAGGAUACAUCUGCGAUACGUGACGCACGCAUUUUUACACGGAUCAUUCGGGUCCGCGUCCUCAUUGGGUCUCGGCGGAGCCGGACCGUUGGCAGGCCGCGGAUUGGAACUCUUGCAGUAUUCAACGCUGAAUCCACAAGCGUCCUUCCCGAGGGGGUAUGACGGACCGCCAGGUAUUUUUAUAUAAACACUUAAUUUGAAUUUAUUUUUCACUUGUUUUUGUUUGAUGAUAAUACAACAAAGACGCGGGUGACGGAAGAUGUGGUCGUGGUCCGCAACAUCGAACUAGAAAUUAUUCAAAAGUGCAAAAAUAAUCGUCGAUGAUAUUACAGGCUUCGAUAUGCAAUGUAAAUUUCCCGUGCAUGUACAAAAUGCAUGACAAAUUUCACUAACUUGCAGUGUCCAGCAACCUGUCAUGCUAGACUAGGACUGAAGACAAGUUUUCUCAUGCAGAGACUGCAUUUGUACGCGUACGGGAAAUUUACUGUGGAUAUUCGACCGUGGCCUGGAUCAAGCGACAAUGA